AUGACUAGCAAAGGUGAAGAUACAAAGGUGAAGAAUCUUCCUAAGGUGGCCCUUAAGAGCAAUGGAGAGAGCGGCACUAGCACAGCUCAAGAAAGUGCAGCUCCAGCAAAGGCUGGCUUGAGAAGAGGGAGUAAGAGGAAGGCCAGUCCUGAGAGGAGCGCUCCAUUGAAGAAGAUCAGGGGAUAUGACCCUGAACCCACAAAGGACAUCUUCAAAAGAAAUGUCAAAGAAGGUGGGGAAGGACCAUCAGAGACAAGGAGGAGCACACCUGACAUCAACCAGGGUGAGAAGGAAUCAGCAUCUUCUUCAGCAGACACUGACAACGAGAGUAGCAGCAAACAGUCAAACCUUUCAAAUGUAGAGGAGGUGAGCAAAAGGACUGGUAAAAGGAAGGCUGCUGCUGCUGAUGAAGAACAACCACAAGCAAAAAGGAGGAAAGACCUGCCAACCAAGAAGAACUUGAUAAAUGCCCAAAGAGCUGAAUUUGAGGCCAAAUACAAACAGCAGAAUCAGCUCGGCAAAGGAGGCUAUGGAUGUGUGUUUGCUGGCUAUCGCAAAGCCGAUAAUUUACCAGUUGCCAUCAAACACAUCACAAAACAGAAGGGCCAAAAUGGGAAACAGCUCCCAUCUGAGGUGGCAGUGAUGCUAAAACUCCAAGCUGGAAAAACUGGUUUAUCAGGAGAAUCAGCAGCUGUGUCCCUCCUGGACUGGUAUGAUCUGGACCAGGAACUAAUCCUGGUGCUGGAGAGACCAGUGCCCUGUAUGGACCUCUUAAGGUACGUCAGGGGCAACGGAGGUGCUUUACAUGAGGAAAAGGCAAAGGUAAGCUGCUCGAGUGAGUGUGUGUGUGUGCGUGUGUGUCUGUGUGUGUGUUUCAAGCAUUUUCUACUGCAGGAAAUUAAAGACCUGACAUACUGUUACAUCCAGCCAUUGCCACAAGUUCUCCUUUUGUUUCGCUUUUCUCCCCCAUAACAGGACCACUUUUGCUUUUGUUCUCUGUGCCACAAGUCAACUGCACUGCACAUUUGUCCAUCUAUCUAAAACCGUGUCACCUUUUCCAUCAUGUCUAUAGAGAAUGUUCUGGUUUUUGACAGUGUAAAACCCAAGGCAGAACCUAAAACUAAAGCACUACAUGUUCUUAAAACUUUAUGUUAUGGGAAGCUCCAGUUUAAGUUUGCCCAUGGCUG